AGAGGUUGUGAAGUGUUAUGUGUUAACUUGCUCAGGUUGUUCUUGUUUGUCUGUAUAGCAGUCUGUAGGUACUGGAGCAUUGAUAGAUUUUUGUCACCAGCGGUGAUUUAACAGUUGGCCGGUUCAGAUGAGCUGUAUCCCCACUUGGCGAACUGUAUCCACCAUCUGAGAAUAUACAGUUUACAGAUGCUUCUGCGACUGUUGGUGUUAAUUUGCGGAAUUACGGGCAUUGCCUGUCAGAAGGUCGAGCAGAGCUUGAAAACCGAGAGCAAUGAAAACCUGAAUCAUAUCACAUACGUUAGCAACUUCAUCAAGGAAUUCCAUAGAAAACUUGAGAAAGAUUUGUAUCCAACCCCGGAAUUUGAAGCAGCUACUGAAAGUGAUUUUCUUACACAUUUCACGCUAAAUGACAAUGGAACGCUACUAGGUGGUAAAAAUGGCACUGACAAAAAUGGUACUUCACUAGUUAAUUGCAAUACACAGAAAAAACUGGGCAGUAUGACUGUUGAGUUGGUGAAUUCUACACGUCUCACUUCACUGUUGUUACCAGAUCCAAAUGUAACAAAUAGGCACAUGGAAGGGCAAUGCGUUGUUCUUUUAUUCUAUUCAAAAACAUGUCCAUUCAGUUGUCUCGCAGCGCCUCAUUUUAAUGCCCUGCCUAGAGCUUUCCCAGCUAUAAAAAUGGCAGCAGUCAAUGCUAUGUUGUAUCAGAGUUUUAAUACACAAUACGGAAUCGCUGGAGUUCCGACUCUUAUGCUUUUUCACAAUGGUCGCCCUGUUGCUAAGUUUAAUGGUAGUGAAUACACAUUGAAAAUGUUUGCUAUGUUCAUUAUCCAAUUUACAGGGAUGAAACCAGUUGAAAUGAUGUUUGUAUCGUCAAGCGACUUUGGAGGCCCAGUGCCGAGUAAGUUGACCAAAGAGAGGGAUUACAUACUCGGAUUGGCUUGGGCUGUCAUCCUGAUAACAUUGGCAGUUGGUAUAUCUAAAUCAAAAGGAUGGAGGGUUCUAGUCGAAGCGGUUCAAAACUCGUGGAGGGAAGCUCAAGCACAUCAUGAACACACUGAAUAAUUGUAUUUAUUAAUUGUCCAUGUUUCCUGCGGAUACUUUUUAUUUGUCUUUCUUUUAUUCAUUGUUUCCGAUGUAAAUAUGUAAAUAUACGAGCAAAUAUAAAUGAUUUUUGAUAUUC